AUGUUAGACAUCAAUCAAUUUAUUGAAGAUAAGGGUGGUAACCCAGAACUUAUCAGAAAGUCACAAAAAGCCAGAGGAGCUAGCGUUGAACUUGUUGACGAGAUUAUCAGCGAUUACAAAGAAUGGGUUAAGACUAGAUUCGAUCUUGAUGAAUUGAACAAGAAACUUAACAAAUUGCAAAAAGAAAUUGGUCUUAAAUUCAAGAGUAAGGAAGAUGCAUCUGAGUUAUUGGCUGAAAAGGAAAAGUUGACCCAAGAGAAGAAGAACUUGACCGAAAGAGAACAAGCCGAGGAUAAAGAUUUGAGAAGCAAGGUUUUCCAAAUUGGUAACAUCGUUCAUCCAUCUGUUGUGGUCUCCAAUGACGAGGAAAACAACGAGUUAGUGCGUACUUGGAAACCAGAAGGCUUGGAAACCGUUGGAGAACAAGGUAGUGCCAGUGGCCAACCCGCCAGAUUAUCACACCACGAAGUACUGCUAAGACUUGAUGGAUACGACCCAGAACGUGGUGUCAAGAUUUCUGGCCACAGAGGUUACUUCUUUAGAAACUACGGUGUCUUCUUGAACCAGGCUUUAAUCAACUACGGUUUGUCAUUCUUGGCCUCUAAGGGUUACAUUCCUUUACAAGCUCCAGUUAUGAUGAACAAAGAAGUUAUGGCCAAGACCGCUCAAUUAUCACAAUUCGAUGAAGAAUUAUACAAGGUCAUCGAUGGUGAAGAUGAAAAAUACUUGAUCGCCACCUCUGAACAGCCAAUCUCCGCUUACCACAGUAACGAAUGGUUUGAAAAACCUCAGGAACAAUUGCCAAUCCGUUACGCUGGUUACUCUUCCUGUUUCCGUAGAGAAGCCGGUUCUCACGGUAAGGAUGCUUGGGGUGUUUUCAGAGUUCAUGCGUUCGAAAAAAUCGAACAGUUUGUACUAACUGAACCAGAGAAAUCUUGGGAAGAAUUCGAAAACAUGAUCAACAAUUCUGAAGAGUUUUAUCAAAGUUUGAAAUUGCCUUACCGUGUGGUGGGUAUUGUCUCCGGGGAACUAAACAAUGCCGCCGCUAAGAAAUACGAUUUGGAAGCUUGGUUCCCAUACCAAAAGGAAUACAAAGAACUUGUUUCCUGCUCUAACUGUACUGAUUAUCAAUCAAGAAACCUUGAAAUCAGAUGUGGUAUCAAGAAGAUGGGUGACAGAGAAAAGAAAUAUGUGCACUGUUUGAACUCUACUUUGGCCGCUACUCAGAGAGCCUUGUGUUGUGUUUUGGAAAACUACCAAACUGAUGAAGGUCUGAUCGUCCCAGAAGUCUUGAGAAAGUACAUUCCAGGUGAACCAGAGUUUUUGCCAUUCACCAAGGAACUACCAAAGAACUCAACUUCAAGCAAGGAAAAGAAGAAAUAA